AUAGCAUAUCUGGUUUGUUAUGGACUUUUGUCAUAUCUGUGAAACAGACUGGAUGUGACCCUGUGACCCCUGGUUGCCAGGGAGAGAGCGGUGGGGCCAUGGCUGCUGGGGCUACAGUCGGGGAGAGCCAACUCCAGAGGAUUAUCCGAGAUCUGCAUGAGGCUGUUGCAGAGCUUGCAAAGGAGUACAAGGAAAGUGGGGAGCCAAUCACAGAUGACAGUACCAACCUGCACAAGUUCUCCUACAAACUGGAGUACCUGCUGCAGUUUGACCAGAAGGAGAAGACCACAUUUCUUGGUACAAAAAAGGAUUAUUGGGAAUACUUCACUGAGUGUCUGGCUAAAAUCAAAGGAGCCAAUGAUGGGAUCCGCUUUGUCAAAUCCAUCACUGAGCUGAAGACAUCUAUGGGGAAAGGACGAGCGUUCAUCCGAUACUCCCUCGUACAUCAGCGACUGGCUGACACCCUGCAGCAGUGCCUGAUGAACCAGAGAGUCACCAGUGACUGGUACUAUGCAAGAAGCCCUUUCUUGAAGCCCCACCUUAGUGUUGACAUAAUCAAUCACCUGUAUGAACUCAAUGAGAUCCAGUUUGAUGUGGCCUCCCGGGGUCAUGAUCUUGAUGCUUCCUGGCCCACCUUUGCAAGGAGAACACUGGGAAGUGCCAACUCUCCUGGCCACAUGUGGAAAGCACCAAGUCGCAGUUCCAGUAUUAACAGUCUGGCCAGCACCUACUCCCAGCAAGCACAUGAGUUCCCCUCCAGCCCUGACUUUGGUCAAGGUCUGCUCAAUGACCUGAACGAGUCUCUGCCUGUCUGCAACGAGGAUGUCAGCACAGUUGAAGAUCUUCGCCUUGAGCUAGACCAGUCAGAGCUGAAGCAGCGAGAGCUCCUAGAUAAGGUGCGGCAGCUGGGUGAGGAGGCCGAUGAGCUCAGGGGUGUAGUCGUGCAACUCCAGAGUCAGCUGGAUGUGUCCCUUACCGCCCAAGAGGAGCAACAAGGCUUGCAGGGAGAUCUCAAAGCUCUGCAGGGAAGAGAAGAGGCCCUGUCCAGAGAGGUGGAUGCACUCAGGAUUGGGGAAAAAGCCAAGGAGGCUGAACAACAACUGCUCCAGGAAAAGUUGGCAGCUGCUGAGGGGAAGAACAUAGAGCUCAUGGCCAAGUUGGAUGGGGUUCUGAAUGAGAAGGGCCAGCAGGCAACCAGCUACUUUGAUUCAGCUCAGAAGAUACACGAGUUGCUGGACAGAUUAAAAGAGGCAGAUAGAGGAAAGAUGGAAGCUGUAGCUGAGGUAGAGGAGAAGAAGAGACUGGCAGAAAGGCUAGAGGAUGAGCUGAGAAUCAAGGAUGCAGCUGCAAAGCAAGCUGAAACAAAACUCGGAGCUUUAGUUACAUCCGUGUCUGAGGAGAAGACCAAGUUGGAGGCGAAAGUGGAGAAACAGUGCGGAGCCAUUGAUAAGCUGCAGGGGGACCUGACAGUGAGAGAGAAGGAGGCGAGCAACCUCCAGAUGCAACUGCAGGACCUUCAAAGAUCUCUAGAGGAGAAGGAGAAAGAUGUGCAGGAGGUGAAGAUGAAGGCACACAAAGAUAAAGAUGAAAUGCAGAAGAAUGCUAGUGGUUUAAAAGAGUCUUUAGAAGCAGACGUCACUGCCCUUAAGGAGCAGCUAAAGAGGAAAGAGGCAGAGUUUACCUCCAGCUGCAAGACACUACAGCAGCUAGAAGCCAAAAACCAAAGCCUGAUCAAAGAGAGGGACAAACUGACCACUAACAUUGUUGAGCUGGAGGGUAACGUCAAAGAACAAGUCAUGAAGACAGAAGAAUACAAGACGCAGUGCGGCAAUCUAAUGGAAUUAAAUAAGAAACUGAUGACCACGGCGAAGAGAAACGAGGAGCUGAAGAAGGAGAUGGCGGAAAACCGAACAGCGCUUGAAGCCGAAUUAGCUGCUCUAAGAGCUUCUGAGAAACAGCUUCGCGGCCAGCUGGAUGACACCAAGAUGACAGUGGAUGAAAAAGAGAAGUGCUUGCGUGAGGAGAACCGCAAGCUGGAUGAGAGUCUGCAGCGAGCCACGAUGGCCUUAAAGCUCUCUGAGACCACGUCAAAGCGGCUGGAGCAUGAGAACCAGAGUGUGAGAGAGGAGCAGGAAACUGUGAAAGCAGCUCUUAACCGCAUGCAAGCCGACCUGAGAAGUGUUAACGGGCAGAUUGGAGAUUUGGAGAAGAACUUAGGAUCGUCACGCAAGAACGAAGCAAGACUUCAAGAACAGCUUCAAGCCAAAGAGGCCCAGCUAGAGGGUAAAGAGAAGAACCUUGUUGAGCUGCUGUCCAGCCUAACAUCUCUAGAGGCCAGGGAGAAGGAGCUUGAGAUUGCUAAAGCUGAUGCAGAGGCAACUUGCGCUAAACAGACAGAGUUGAUUGAAAGAGUUACCUCUGACAAGCGGGCGAUGGAGAAAUCUCAGCUGGAGAGGAGCGCAGUCCAAUCCAAAGAGAACCAGGAAGUGACAGGCAAACUUGAAGGCCAAUUGGAGGUGUGCAUGAAAGAAGUGUCAAGGCUCCAGGCAGAGAUCCUGGACCUCAGGGUGCGGGCACAGAGGUCUGAGGAGGAAAGGAUAAAAUCACAAGCGCAGCUGGAGGUGACGGAGGCCCAAAGAGAUGAGCUCAGGACUCUGACGGAGCAUCUUAAAGCCCAGACAGAGGCGCUGAAUCAAAGGCAUGUAGCGGAGCUUAUGGAGUGCAAAAAGAAAGAGGAGGCUCUGAUUGAACAGCGUGAUAGUGAAGUAGCCGCCCAUGCCGAGUUGUCCAUCUCUUCGGCUGCCAUCCGAGAAGAGCUGUCCAACCUCAAGGCAGAAAAUCGCAAGCUAGCAUCAGAGAACAGCGAGACACGUGACGGUCUACACAGGGCAAACACAGAGAUGGCGGAGCUUGGGAUGACAAUCUGUAAGCUAAGUGCAGAAAAGGAGGAGGUUACAGAGCAUUGGGCAGGGGAUGCCGCCAGGAUUGAAGAACUGAAGACAGAGGUGGAGCGACUGGAAGAGAGCCUGUCAGAACUACAGCUGGAGAACACCAAACUAAAAGAAGAGCUGACAGAGAAGGUGAAACUCCCAGAGACCAUCAUGGCGCUCCAGGAGCAGCUGAACAAGACCAGGAACCAAAUGCAGAGCGUCAAGGACUCUAACCGAGAGGAGGUGGAGGCCACCAAGUUCCAAAUGAGCUCGGAGAGCAUGAAUCAUCAGGUCCAGAUGAAGAGUGUAAAUGAGCAGCUGGACAAGAUGAAAGCCCAGCUGCAGGAGGAGUCGAAGAAUGUGUCCAGCUUGCGGGCCAAAGUGUCUGAACUAGAGGCUGUUAAUGAGAAGUACCUGCAGCUAACUGGUGAGAAAGAUGCUCUCAUCUCAAAGACAGAAACAUCCAUUUGUGAGAGUGAGAGCGAGAUUCAGCAACUGAGAAAUGCAGUAACCAGUGCUGAAGAAGCCCACUCGGCUCUGCAAAAGGUCUGCGAGGAUUUGAAGCAGAAACUUGACAUAGAAGAAGCUGACAAACAAAGCCAGUGCCUGAAGAUGUCUGCAGAGAUCGAUGACCUCAACAGAACCAAGGUCAACCUCGAAGAGCGGCUCAUCGAGCUUAUAAGGGACAAAGAUGCUCUUUGGCAGAAGUCAGACGCUCUGGAGUUUGAGCAGAGACUACGAGCAGAGGAACGCUGGUGGUUGGUCGAUAAGGAUGCCACGAACUGCCUCGGCUGCCAGGGCCAGUUCACCUGGUGGCUGCGCAGACAUCACUGCAGGCUUUGUGGUCGCAUCUUCUGCUACUACUGCAGCAACAACUUUGUGAUGACCAAGCACAGUGGGAAGAAGGAGCGCUGCUGCAGGGACUGUUACACUCAGCACAGCGUGGUGGUGGAGAGGUUCACAGAGGCAGAGCUGAGUCCCUCAGACGUUCAGCCUCCUCCACCUGGAGCUGGACCUCAGCCACCACCAGAACCGGCCCCGUAUAAACCCAUUCCAAGGGUAACAGUUUCAGAACCCAGCAACAGAUCUGAAGAUGGAGCUUAUGACAUAAUUACAGAGGAGGAAGUGAACGGCGUCUACGACAGUGACACCGUCUCCCAGACCACAGGUGGCUCCCUAGAGGGAGAACAAGACAGACCGCCUCCAGGAGCUCUAGAUAUAGGAACAAGAGAUAUGACCCCUGAUGACCCUGAAGAGCAUGUUGCCACUGUUCAGGAUUCAGAAAUCAACCUUCUCAAAUCAGGAGAAGUCACAAUGGCUGUCCCUCUCACCAUUGAAGACAUUUCUCAGUUUGGCGACGGUUCCAGGGAAAUUUUUAUCAAGUCCAGCUGUUACAGUGUGAUAACUGUUGCCGUGGGUGACUGCGGGCCAACCAUCAGCUGGAUGUUUUCCUCAGAACCUAAGAGCAUCUCCUUUAGUGUGGUCUACAGGGAAUCUACUGACACUCAUGUGGAACAGUCAAAGGUCCUGAUUCCUCUGACUCGCUGCAAUUCCAGUAAAGAGACAAUUCAGGGACAGCUGAAAGUCCGAAACCCCGGCCUCUACACGCUCAUCUUUGACAACUCCUUCUCACGGUUUAUCUCCAAGAAAGUCUUCUACCAUCUGACCAUGGAGAGGCCCAUAAUCUAUGAUGGAAGCGACUUUCCCUGAAGCUGGAUAACUCCCACUGAGGCAUCAUCAUGAAGUCGGCGGCUAAAGGGAGACAAAUAAGUGAUAAGAUUGCAAAUUCAAUGAUUGAAUGGAAUUACUCCAAGUAUUUUAUGUUUUCUGUACUAUUUAAGUGUGAGGUGUUAAUGUUUUGAGGCGUGCUAAUGUCGCCUAAGUGAGGUGUUGUCAACAGUAUGAAAACAGUUUUAGAAGAAACAGAAAGACAAAUGUUUAUGCAAGUUUUAUCGUGUUUUUCAAAUAUAAACCAAGUAAGGUAUGUACUUUUAGUUCAGCUAGGUUUAAAUUAGUAAGUUGUUAAGUUUAAGAAAUAGUGUGAUUUUGUUAUCUUUUCCUUUAAUUUUUGUUGUUCUUUUGUCAUUUUGACCUUUUUUCCCCCCAAAAUAUGCUGUUACGUUAGGGAAUGCAGAUCACUGCUAGUAACACCAGGGGUAUGAAAUAUGAUAAGAGACUUUUGUCCGACAACAAGUAUUUAUUUACAGAAGAAGUCUAUGAAGACCCAGGAAAGAUUUUUAAAAUUUUCAAAAUCUUGGUCAGUUGUGCAAUUUUUUAAGUCAAAGCCUCAAAGCAGAAGAGUGCAGACAAGUGGUUUUGCUCCUAGCUUGUUUAUUAAUUGAAUUGUCUGAACACUAAGUUUGCACUUUGCCAUUGCAAAAAGGAAAAAAAGUACCUGAAAAAUGGAAAAAUACUGUUGCUUUUUUAUCACAAAGCAUAUGAAUUGUUUGCAAAUCUCAGGAGUUGGACAUAAAAUUGUCCUGCAGUGGAAGCAUGUCCAUAAUUUAUGUUUUUUUGGAAAACAAACCAAAAAAACUGCCUUUUUACUUUCUGUGUAAGGAGACUACAAACAAGCUUUUAGGAUCUAAUUAAGCCAAGUGCAUGUUCUUACACAGACUGACAUUUGUCGUUACAAUGACCUUCACUAUAAGUAAAUGAAUGACUGUCAGCUAAUGAGAUACAAUACUUUCAAAGUGCCUUUUAACUCUGAUUGCCAGAGAUUAGUUUUCUUUUAUAUCUGUAUAUUUUACUAUUUGUUAUCUGCACAAAACAUGACACCUGGUAUGAGUUGAUACUAUUCUGUAAAUACUUAAUUCCAGUUACAUUUAAAUCACAAUAUGCACAAUAUCAUGUGUUUCAGUUUUAUCAUUUGGAAUGAUUUGUUUUUUCAGUUUGGAUUUCAUUUGAAUCGCUGGAAUCUUUUUGUGAUAUGUUUAGAUAACCAUCCUGCGCUGAUCUCUCAGUGAUCAGAGGGGCUUCAGUAUUGUGUGCUGUUAAUUGUUUCUUUUAUGGCAAAGCAAUAAGGAAAAAACGGGCUUGCUCACUUUUUGACAGAACCAUACACUACUUAAUGAAGCAAGGGCAUAUCUACUUGCUGCUUUUAUAGAGAUUUGUUUGCACUUCACGGACAGAUCUCUUAUAUUUUCUAUGGGUGUAAAUUGGUUUCUAUGCAAAGGCUCAUAUUUUCUCUGCAGAGCUGCACUUUGUUAUAAUGAUUUUAUAAAUUGUUACAAACAUUAUUAAAUCUGUUAAGUUUACAUUAUCUUUGUCAAUUGAACACGCAGGGACGGAUUUUUCUACUUUCUGAUUUUGAAGGAUCAUUUUAGAGGAAUAUAUAAUGUGCAUGAAUCAUCGCUACAAGCACUCAGUGUAACUGGUAAUAAACCUGUCAAAGACCAGAUCAUGAAUAAAACGUGAGAGUGAGGAUGCCUCCGACAUC